GAGCACGUUGAAUUAUGAAGCAUAGGAUAUUUUACAGGUCAGUUCCUAAUUGCAUAACUAUUUUGGAGAAAUGGCUGAGGCAAACACAGGCAGCAGGAGCAGCAGGUGGUCUUUACAAGGGAUGACAGCUCUGGUCACUGGUGGAUCCAAAGGAAUAGGAUAUGAAAUUGUGGAGGAGUUAGCACAUCUUGGAGCCACUGUUCACACUUGCUCUAGGAAUGAAGCUCAGCUCACUGAAUCAUUACAUCAAUGGGCUUCAAAAGGAUACAGAGUCACUGGUUCAGUCUGUGAUGCAGCUUCUCGUGCACAGAGAGAGGACCUCAUAGCUAGAGUCUCAUCUGAGUUCAAUGGCAAACUCAAUAUCCUUGUGAACAAUGUGGGGACAAACAUACUGAAACCAACCGUGGAUUAUACAGAGGAUGAUUUUUCAUUUCUGACCAACACAAAUCUUGAAUCUGCUUUCCACAUAACCCAGCUUUCACAUCCUCUUCUAAAAGCUUCUGGGGCUGCAAGCAUCGUUUUUAUAUCCUCAAUUGCUGGGCUGAUAACCUUUAAUGGAUCAAUAUAUGGUGCAGCAAAAGGAGCUAUCAACCAACUGACAAGAAAUCUGGCAUGUGAAUGGGCAAAUGACAAUAUCAGGACUAAUUGUGUUGCACCAGGGCCAAUCAGAACCCCUCUUGCUGAAUCGGCCUUGAAAGAUGAAAAACUUGUUACUAGUAUUACUUCAAGAAUCCCUCUUGGGCGGAUUGGAAGGGCGGAAGAGGUGUCUUCCAUGGUUGCAUUCCUCUGCUUACCUGCUGCUUCUUUCAUGACAGGACAGAUCAUCAGUGUUGAUGGUGGUAUGACUGCCAAUGGUCUCUUAAUCUGAUUUUUAUGAUAUCCUCCCUCUGCAAGACUGCAAUGCAAUGUAGUACUACUUUUUAUAUUAUUGCUAAAAAGAAAUUGAUUGUGUAUUCAAUUUUUACUAUCAUUUGGAUUGGUGAGCAGUGACCCAAAGUCAUAGGUUGAUAUUGUAAUAAUUAAUAAGUUAGCCUCAAUAAUAAUGUAGUUUUUGAUAUGAUUAAUUUGGAUGACCAUCAUGGGUCAAGCCCAAACCCAUGCAACUUGUCCUUUCAUCCUUAUCCACCCCUAUAAAUAUAAAGGAGAUGCAUCAAGAUGAGCACCUCUAUUCACUA